AUACAGAAAAUCUCUACUCCUUCAAAAAAAAAAAAAAAAAAAAAAAAAAAAAAAAAAAAAAAAAAUGGCGACGCUUUCAUUUUCAUGCUCAUCUCCUUCUUUGAAUAACCAGCCUCAAGCUCUGCUUCUUCGCUCCUCCCGCUUGCCACGUGUCCCCUCCUACUCUUGCAAUCUUUUCAACGGUCCCAGGAAAAACGGAAACCCAUAUAUCUUCUGCUGCAAGAAUCCCGUGCCUGAUACAAAAAGAGCUGUGCAAGUUAAAGAAGAAUGUCUAACCAAGAGAAGAGAGCUCCUGCUACAGGCAGGCUCUGUUGCAUUUUCUCUGUCCGCCUUUACUUCUAUUGCUUUGGCAGAGAACGAUGUCGCUGAGGAUUAUCGUGUUUAUUCAGAUGAUGUCAACAAGUUUAAGAUAAUGAUACCUCGUGAUUGGCAAAUAGGCGCAGGAGAAGGUGAUGGAGUGAGGUCGCUCAUAGCUUUCUAUCCUCAAGAAGCUUCUAACACAAAUGUCAGCAUUGUAAUCACAAGCCUUGGUGCUGAUUUCACCAAAUUGGAAUCUUUUGGGAAAGUUGAUGCUUUUGCCGAGAAUCUGGUUAGUGGAUUAGACAGAAGCUGGCAAAGGCCAGCAGGAGUGAAAGCAAAACUCAUAGAUAGCAAAGCUUCUAAAGGGUUGUAUUACAUCGAGUACACUCUCCAAAAUCCCGGUGAAAGUGUCAGACAUCUAUUUUCAGUGCUUGGGAUAGCAGACAACGGGGUUUACAAUAGGCUAUAUACUCUCACUGGACAGUUUGUAGACGAGGAGGCAGAGAAAUACGGUGCCAAAGUAGAGAAGGCUGUUUCUUCUUUCAGAUUAAUAUGAUGACAUAAUAGCAAGCAAUAUCACAAAUUUUGGCUUGAGCUUCUGGUUUGCUAGUCUGUGAAUGGCAAACAUCGUCGGUGAGAUCAGCACAGUGGAUCCUCCAAACUCCACAUAAGAAAAUAAUUCAAGAUGUGGGUAAGCUACAUUAUGAUGACUCGAAACAAUUGGAGCUCUAGGCAUGAACCAACUACUUGAUCAAUGUUUUUUGACAAAGACUACUUGGUCACAUAUUAGAGUUGACAUUUGCAUAUAUCAAUUAUACCAAAACUGUAUGGGUUGUUGACAAAUAUGACCAUGGUUCAGAUGUAAUAUGACCAAACUUUGGACACUGCAAACACUUGUGUCAAGGGGAUGUCUUUAAAGUAGUGCUUGUACAUUUAUUGUUUUCUUCA